CCAACAGCAUUACACCCAGUCAGAGUCGUGGUGGUGUGAGCAUGCGUGGCUUUUUGUUGUGAGCUUGGGAGGGGACAGAACUGGAAAAGAGACAACAGGCAAAAGCGACUCUGCAUCCAUCAUUCUGUUGACCUGAGUGACAGAAAAUCAUGGGACAUGUUUUCCUGUCACCAAACCAAGCCAACUCAGUUCUGAAAAGGUUCCCAAGAGCAAACGGUCUGCUUGAAGAAGUAAAACAGGGGAACAUUGAGCGGGAAUGUAGGGAGGAAACCUGCUCUUACGAGGAAGCAAGGGAGGCAUUUGAAAACGAUGAAAAAACAAGGGAGUUUUGGUACGAAUACAGUAAGGAAUUGAACAGCGACAACAGUUUCAAUGUAGAAGGGAAUCGCUUCCAUUCUGUGUACCUUAUCGUCCCCCCCCUGGCAGGCCUCCUUGUGAUAGUCGUUGUCUUGGCAGCUAUUUGGCACUGCCACUCCCGAAAGAUGUUUCAAAGAGGGACCACGUUCAGCGAGCGGAGGCAUCACCGGAGCCAGGCUGACAGAAGCAUGUCUCUGGUAGCCAUGGAUCAUCAAGGCCACGUCUCCUACCAUCCUGGCACUUCUCCUCAGUCUGACAUGAGCAUAAGCAGUGGCCUAACUGUGGGAUCCCCUGCAUACAUGGGGGUGGAGCUGGCGCCAGGGAGACUGUCAAACGGAGAGCCGCCCCCUUCGUAUGAAGAAGCCACAGGGCAUACUGAUGUUCGGAUUGAAACGGCAGGACCACAUACAGAUCUGCCUCCCCAGUAUGAAGACGUAGUGAAAUAACUGGCUGUUGAUAAGGUUUGUGUUUUUACCAAAAGGCAGUAUAUUUCAGCACUAAUAUUAUAACAGUGAUAUAUAUAUAUAUAUAUAAUGUAUGAUCAUUUCCCCACCCAGUCCAGGAUCACAGUAUAGCACAGAAAAGUGCUGUCUAUCACUGUUCUCGGAGGAAGGCCCAACAGAGGCUUUAAAUAAAUGAAUCCUGAGCUGUUUGUUUCCACGUGCUACGUUGAGUUUAAUGUAGAAACAAACUGAGUUGGUGACCUGGGAAGAAGGCUAGCUGCAUGGACUGUAAAUGCCAGCAUUUCAGUUCUGUGACUACUCGUUGUAAUCUGUUGAAGAUUGUAAAUAACAAUGUUUCAAAUAGAAAAUAAUAAUAAAAAAAAUGUAAAGGUUAUGCUAGAAAUGAAUUGUAAAGCCUUUAUGCAUAGCACUGUCAAAAAAAGACAUUCCAACUACUGGAGUAUGCUUUAAAACAAAUGAAACUGUGAAGGUAUAGGCUGUUUUGUUAUAAUUCACGCAUGUGAAGUAGCUAGUAACUCCCUUGAACAUUUUAAAGUUCAAAAGAGCCACUUUAGCACUAACAUUUUUAAAUCAAAGAGGAACAUCUGGUGCAAAAUGCAGUUCCAAUAUCUGAGUGGGUGUUAGCCCACCACAGGUCACAGUGUUCUAUUGUUAAUAGACAAAUACUGAUGCCAUUAAAAUAAUACAAGCAGUAUUUAAUCUUCCUAGUCUGAACCACAAAAAGGUCUUGUAUAACUUUUUGUGUAUCUUGAUCAUUUUUUCUAGAUCAAGUACUUGGUUUCAGAUACACCAGAACUUAAUUUGUGUUUUGUUUUCAGUUAAGGAAAGCUUUAAGGUAAAACUAUGUUACAACAUACAUUUGGUAAAGCCAAACGUUUGCCACUUUGAAUUUUAAAUGUUCUUCGAGAUUUUCCCUCUGGAUUAGAUUUGAUUUUUGUUGCAAUGGACUGUUCUGGUAGCUCUACCAAAUCUCGGUUUCCAUACUAAAUAGUACAGUAUUGGCUGCUAAUGCUUGAAGUCUUUAAUAUUGUGCCUGAAGGGUCUGUCUCCUAGAUUUCAAUAAAGUGUUACACGUUUUUAAUCAGAGCACACAAAACUGAAGGAUAUUUAACACAACCUUUGUUGCAUUGAAACAACUAAUGACUAGUUAAUUUUAGAAAAUGUUAUACAUGCAUCAUGUUACUAAGGGUUUGACGUGCAGGACUGUUUCUGCAGAUGCUGGGCUGCAUUGAGAAGAAAGCAUUAUCCAGCUGGCAAAUUUGCUAUGCUAAUACUUUAUGAAUAUGUCCCAAGGAAACAUACACACCAGAGAUUAAGACCUUUUCCCAGAUCUCUGAGUUAAAUAUUUUCAGAAUGUAUAAAAGCAUGCUAAAAUGUAAUGGUUCUAAACUAAGACCUAAGAUUUAUAACUACCAGAGUUUAAAUUAGGGAAUAGCUUGCUGUACUCUAAAACCUACUUAGACCUCCCAGGAUCAGGGUUGCCAGUGCAUUGAUUAUUAUUAACUUGGGGCUGUCUUAAUGUUGAUGGAAGAUUACUGCUUGUGUGUUUGGGAAUUUUACAAUGGUAAAGCUUGCCAUUUAUUAUUUGACUCUGGAUUUCUGCAGAAUUAAUAAAUUGAGCUGAGAAGCAGGUGGUCAGAUUGCACGUCAGCAUACAGCACUUUCAAUUUAUAGUUUGGAUUAUAGUUUAGUCAAUCUUUAAAAAAAAAAAAAAACGCUAUGAAAGGGCAAAUUAAUUUGUUCAUAAUGUCUGGUUCUUGAAAACAACCAAAACAAAAUAAAAAAGAAAUAAUGUUUUGUUAAAUGCAUACUAUAUUUGAUUUUUUCUAAGCCUGGUUGCCGAACAAUAACCUUAGUAUAAAAUUUGUGAAAUACUGUAUUUUUAUUGGUGAAUUUUGUGGUUAAAGCUGUGUUAACCCAAUAAUUUUUUUCCCCCAUUUUGUUUUGUCAUUUUUCUGGUGAAUGUGUUUGUGUAUGUAUUUGUGAAUAUUUGUCAUAUAUUCUGCCAUAAGUGAAUGGGUUAGAUACUGUGAGCAGCUGGGAAUAAUAAUGUCCAUCUUGAAACAGUCGCUGCUGCUUUUAGUGUGACUGUAUAACUGUUUCUAACCAAUGGGGGAGAACAAAUGAAGGCAUGUACAAAAGUUGCUGAAGUUGUAAUUGCUAGCUUUACAAAUGUCAUUUCAUGUUUACUUCUCUAUGUAUAAUAACGUUUAAUAUUUGUGAAUUGCCCUACUAAUUCAUACUAGAUUACCUUUCAAAGGUGAUUUAACAUAUGGUUGACAUUUUCCUUGCGAGUCAAGCUUAGGGGGCAUGGGGUCGGUGAUGGAGGAAUAUGAGCUUGGUCAUAUAUACUGGAUACCAAAACUUUUUUUUUGUUUCUGUAAUCAGAGUGGGGUGUUAUAAUUAAUGACCCUAAAAUGCAGUGUGAGUUGCAUUCAUUAAAAAAGACAUGUUUGUGAAGUGCCUUAUUUCAUAGACUAAAUUGAAUGUGUAAUAAAUGUAUUUAAAAAAAAAAAAAAAAAAAAAAAAACUUUUUUUUAUAUAUAUAUAUAUAUAUAUA